AUGGGCCCCACAUGCCGUUUGAAUUUCACUAUAUAUACAAAGUAUUGCCGCUGGAGUUACUACCUAGUGCUCACGACUCAGAUCCGAUCCAAAGUCCGCAAAGCACAACACAGGAUUCAUUCACUCUACGCGAAAAACAUGGGUCGUGGAGUCAGCAGUGGAGGGGGAGAGAGUUCUUUGGGAUAUCUUUUUGGAGGUGGAGAAGAAAUUAAAAAACCCGCCCCAAAGAAGGUUGAUGCUCCUCAGAACCAGGCGCCAGUUCCAAGCACUGAACCACCUUCUCAGAAGCCUACUGCUCCAACAACACCUGCAGAAGUCAAUAAGCAGACUCCAGCAGGCGUUCCCGGGAACACUUCAAACAACUAUUUCCGAGCAGAUGGCCAGAACUGUGGCAACUUCCUCACGGAUCGGCCAUCGACAAAGGUGCAUGCAGCUCCUGGCGGUGGAUCAUCCCUAGAUUACCUUUUUGGAGGCAGUAGCAAGUAAGGCCCGGGGCCAUUGAUGUUGGAAUCGUCAGUUUGGUUUGGUCCCUCUGUAAUAUGGACCCUCUGUAGAUGGUUUCUUUCUAAUAUGCUGUAAUAUUCUAGUACUUCCUGCGUCGGGGAAUGUGUUUUUUUUUUGGUUCGAAUGUGUUGGGUUUGUGCUUUGCUACUCUGUUAAACUUCCAAAUUUGAGUAUUAUUAUAGAAGCUUCUUAGAGUA